UGACUAAAUGCUCACUUGGAUCGGCUGCAUGUGGGAAGACUAAAGAAACUCUUAGGGGAUUUAGCCAGAGCUGCCUCCUAGCUGUGUUUUUGGAAGAAAGCGACAACAACGGAAGGAAAAGCAGCAAGAGAGUUGUGCUGGAGAUCACACCUGCCAGGCGCCGACAGAGCGAGCGCCCUGCCUUCCUCGCGUGCGCUUGUCUGUCUUUCUGGCUGGUAAGCCCAGCGAUCACAUGCAUCCCGCUCCUGCCCCCUCCCUCCGCAGCCCUCUGUCCUGCUGCACGCCUCUCAACUUCUGCAAACUAGCCCAGAGCAGAGGCACUUUCCGCAGACAGGCUCCCUUAUCCCCCUGCCAGGGCUUUCUGCUUCCCCUUCUUCCCAAAUAAAGUUCAGGGGCUUGCAGAGGAGAAAGCAAACACUAAUGAUCGCCCUUGGUAAGGAAAGCUCAUGUUCGUCUCAGCUCUGCCUCGUUCUCUGCGCCUUUGGGCUCCUAUUGCUGGGGGAUCUGUCCCGGGCUGUACCCAUGGACGAUCAGGAUUAUUAUCUGCAGGAGAUUAGCAACAGGGAUCAUUAUUACUCUUUUCCGUACCCCGGUGAAGAGUAUUUUCCUUUCACGGAGCAACCUGGAAAGGAGGGAACUAUCCGUGCUGCACAGCCAGAGGAGCACCCAGGGUUCAAACCGAGCAAGAAAGAGUUAAAACCGAAGAAAAGCAGCAAAAAAGGAAAAUCCAUUCUUGAAACUCCACCAGAUUGUCCUCCACUUGGUCUAGAGACAUUAAAAAUUACUGACUUCCAGCUCCAUGCCUCUACAGCAAAGCGAUAUGGCCUUGGGGCCCACAGAGGAAGGCUUAAUAUUCAGGCAGGUGUUAACGAAAAUGAUUUUUAUGAUGGUGCUUGGUGUGCAGGAAGAAAUGACCCAUUUCAGUGGAUUGAAGUAGAUGCUCGAAGGCUAACAAAAUUCACUGGAGUCAUCACACAGGGAAGAAAUUCUCUCUGGUCGAGUAACUGGGUGACUUCUUACAGAGUACUGGUGAGCAAUGACAGUCAUGCAUGGACUGCUGUCAGAAAUGAAUCUGGAGAUGUGAUUUUUGAAGGAAAUAGGGAGAAGGAGAUCCCAGUUCUCAAUAUGCUGCCAGUGCCACUGGUUGCACGCUACAUCCGUAUAAACCCUCGGUCCUGGUAUGAAGAAGGUAGCAUCUGUAUGAGAUUGGAAAUCUUAGGGUGUCCUUUGCCAGACCCAAAUAAUUAUUACCACAGAAGAAAUGAAAUGACAACCACAGAUAAUCUUGACUUCAAGCAUCACAACUACAAGGAAAUGAGGCAGUUGAUGAAAACGGUGAAUAAAAUGUGCCCGAAUAUCACAAGAAUUUACAAUAUUGGAAAAAGCCACCAAGGACUAAAGCUGUAUGCUGUUGAGAUUUCUGACAACCCAGGAGAACACGAAGUUGGUGAACCAGAAUUUCGGUACAUUGCAGGAGCUCAUGGGAAUGAAGUGCUUGGGCGUGAGCUGAUCCUUUUGUUGAUGCAGUUCAUGUGUCAGGAAUACCUUGCUGGGAACCCACGCAUUGUCCACCUCAUUGAGGAUACAAGAAUUCACCUUCUUCCCUCAGUCAACCCGGAUGGAUAUGACAAGGCAUAUAAAGCGGGUUCAGAAUUAGGGGGCUGGUCUUUAGGACGAUGGACUCAGGAUGGCAUUGACAUCAACAAUAAUUUCCCUGAUUUAAACUCUUUGCUUUGGGAGUCUGAAGAUCAGAAGAAGAGCAAAAGAAAAGUUCCAAACCAUCACAUUCCCAUUCCUGAUUGGUACCUGUCUGAAAAUGCCACUGUGGCCGUUGAGACGCGAGCAAUAAUUGCAUGGAUGGAAAAAAUUCCUUUUGUGCUGGGUGGCAAUCUGCAGGGAGGAGAGCUGGUGGUGGCGUACCCCUACGACAUGGUGCGGUCCCUGUGGAAAACCCAGGACUACACACCCACCCCAGAUGACCACGUCUUUCGCUGGCUUGCGUACUCCUACGCCUCCACGCACCGACUGAUGACAGAUGCGAGGAGGAGAGCGUGUCACACAGAGGACUUCCAGAAGGAGGACGGCACAGUUAAUGGAGCGUCGUGGCAUACCGUAGCUGGAAGCAUAAAUGACUUCAGCUACCUGCACACAAACUGCUUUGAGCUGUCCAUCUAUGUGGGCUGUGACAAGUAUCCCCAUGAAAGCGAGUUGCCUGAAGAAUGGGAGAACAACCGGGAAUCCCUGAUCGUUUUUAUGGAGCAGGUCCAUCGGGGCAUCAAAGGCAUAGUGAAAGAUGUACAUGGAAGGGGAAUCCCAAAUGCCAUUAUUUCAGUAGAAGGUGUUAACCAUGAUAUUCGCACAGGAGCUGAUGGGGAUUACUGGCGGCUUCUCAACCCAGGGGAAUACGUGGUGAGCGUGAAAGCGGAGGGCUACACCGGUGCCACCAAGACCUGCGAGGUGGGCUACGACAUGGGAGCCACCCAGUGCGACUUCACCAUCUCCAAAACCAACCUGGCGAGGAUCAAGGAAAUUAUGAGGAAGUUUGGGAAGCAGCCAAUCAGCCUGUCCCUGCGGCGGCUCCGGCAGCGGGCUCGGCAGUGGCGGCAGCGGAGAUAGGCCUCAGCUCUGCCUCCAUCAGCCCAGCUGUAGCAGUAGUGAGAGUUAUGUAGCCCAUCUCUUCAUACGCAUUUUCCUGCGCGAGGCCUUUCUGUUAGGGGAGCUGGAUGUGGGUUUGUUCUUUUGGAGAAAAAUUGGAAACAAAAUUCAGUUUGAGCUGAAGAGAAAUAAGCCCCAGUGUGUGGGGGAGAGGCGGGAAGAAUGUAAAAAUAUGUUUUGAGUUAAACUGAAGUGAUUUUUUUUUUUUUUGCCUGUGGAUUAUUUAAUCCUUUGUAAAUCUGUUUUCUUUAAAUAUAGAGAAGGGAAAAAGAAAGAGAGAUACUUGUAAAUGAGAAAUGUUGUUUUGAAUGAAAAAAAUGAAAAAUGGUGUUUCUAAAGUAUAAAAUUGAUAUAUAUUUGCAAUUCAAAAAAGUUAUGACGCUCUUUACAUUUUAUCCACAUAUGGGAGGAAAGCUGAGAGGGCACAGCUUCUGCUGAACAUCAUUAAAAUGUGUCAAAUUUCAGUCUCUUGCCCUGAAAGAGACUUUUGGACAAGCAUCAUAAUCUGAUUCCAGAACUUAAUGCCCAGAGCGUUUUCUCUUCUGCUUUAGAAGGCUAUGUUUUCUAAACCUAACAAAAAGGUUGCUUGAUAAAGAUCACUGCAGCACUGUGCCAUAGCACCUCCCCUCUGACCCAGGAGAAGGACUCGAAAUGAAGCUUUCGUCAUGGAUGCAGGCUUGGUCAUGGGCAUGUAUAUAGUUCACAAAUCCACUGGCAGCAUCUUUUUUCUUGAUUCUGGCCUGCCUAUAAGUGCCUUUUGUGCUCAUGCACACCUUGUGUCCCUGUGUUCCAUAACAUGCAAGAGAUUUCAUGUUCCUUUACAUGGUCUCCUCAUCUUACCAUUACAGCUGCUGCUUCUCUGGCCUCACUAUUCUUAGAGUUGGAUUUGUGCUUUUUUAUUGUCUUUUAAGUAACAAAGUUGUACAGCAGGAUAGGAUUGAGGUUUGGUAAAGAUGCAGAUCAGAUCUAGGAAAGAAUGAACUAAAUAAACACUCAUCAAACCAUCAGCUGGUGAAAAUCGAUUUUGUUCUGUUAGCUUCAAUGUUGUGACCUUAGUUAUACCAAAAGAAGGGCCAGCUGUACCUUUUUAGCCAGUCAAAAGUCUGUGGAUAAACAAACAUUUUUAAUAUGCAUGGUAGUGAGGCUGCAAUGUACACUUCCAAAUAGUUUGUUUAAAACUUUUUAAUUGCUAUUACAGUUCUUGCAUAUCUUGAUAUGAUUCUUGGAAAAGACAUUCACCCAACUAUCAUUCAAAACAGGAAAAAUAAACUAAAUAGAAAACUUACUGUAAAAAUAUUACUUGCCCUCUGUACUAAAUCUUUUUUCUUGUCAGCAAAGAAUCUUGUAAACACAAAAGGCAAAAGAUUUCAGAAUGAAUAGUAUAAUCAUGAACCCUUGCAUAAUAAAUAGUCCUAUUAUUAAAUUUCAUAGACAAUUCCAGCCUAUGUUUGUUCUGCAAAUUCCAUUAAAUUACAGCAAUGUAUUUGACAGCAAAGGCACAAAGAAAAUAACAGGGUGCACACAAUUUUCUAUAACUGAAAUUAUCGAACUCCAGCUCCCAGUCAGCAUCAUUUAAAUUAAAUAAUAGAGGUAAACAAAUAAUCCAAUCAUCACAUUAGCAUUUUGAAUGAUAUUUUACUUUUUUCACUCUAUUUGUUACCUUUACAACAUUCUAUGUUCCAUAUUUUUAUUUUGAGCUACGAACUUAACAGCAAAGUUGUUAAGAAGGUUUUUUUUUUAGCAUCUGAGAAAGGACAAGUGAUAUCAUUCUUUUUUCAGGUAAUGAUGAGAAACUUUUUUUUUUUUGAGUAGUGACAGCAUAAAAAUUUUCCUGCUAAUUUGCCAGCAUGACUGAUUUUUUUGUUAUGAACUGAUGAAGUUCCUUAGGUAGCUUCUUUCUUGAAUCCUAUGAAGUCCCAAUCAUUUUGCUGGGGGGUUGUUUGCACGAAGACGCAAACAGGGAAAAGAGGAGUCAAAUGUAAUUCACUAAUAUUCAGACUGAAGGUGGAAACCACUAGCUGGACAGUCAGUCCUGGCAGGUCAGUUCUUUCUACCUUGUAAUAACUUUUCAGGCUGUUCUGAGAUUUACUUUACAAACCUAACCGUCCCUAUGCUCUGUUCCCAGGUAUGAGGUUAUCUCAACAAACAAGACAUUUUUUAUUCAGUAGUGAGAAGUGGAUUUCAUGGGAAGGCAUUUGAUGUCUGUUAGCUAAAAUUAAAUGGAUUCUGAUCGCUGCAGACGUCACUAACAUAAAUGCUGAAGACAGUGGCCCUGGUGUUCUCUGCUGGCAGUGACUAGUGCUUGCAUGUGCUUGAGUGUAGCAGAACUAUGACUAAUGCAGGUGACCUUACUCUAUUUUGGUCCAGGCAUUACUAAAUAAAUGGCCUAAUAGACAUCAAGUGUAGUCGUCACUGCAAUUAUUUUGUGAUUGUUCAGCACCUUUAAACUGAACGUGCAAGUUCAAAAGAAAUUUACUAGUAACUUCAGAUAUGCGAAUAUCUCAUGCUGAGAUAAGAUGCUUAUGCUUGCCCUGAAUACAAUAGUACCAAAAUGAAGUGUGCCCUAUUUGCUACUAUAGUAAUGCACUUGGGAGUUAAAAUGUUCUUUCUUUCUUUUUAAAUACAUGGUACUGCUAUUUAAUCUCCAUGUAUAUCCAUGCCACAAACCAAUAAAUUCAGAUGCCAGUAUUUUCUAGUUAUUUACUUUUUCCCCGUCUUUAAAAUAGUAUUUUAUGCUAAAUUCUGUGCUUUUUAUCUCCUUUCAUUUUAUUGUUGUAGAAAAAAUUUGCAACCCUAAAGAAAAGAAAGGAAAUAAAUCUUACAGAUAAAUACACUCCUUUUAUAAUUACAGUUUCAUUUUAACAGCUACAUAUAUGAGGAUUUUGCCGAGCUUUCAUCAUUCCUGAUAUAAAGGAAAAAAAAAAGUAAUUAUUUCAAGUAAUCAGAAAUUCAGCUCCACAAUCUCACCCACACAGUAAAGGUUGAACAAAUAAAAGGUUGUAACAGGACGUAUUCCACUCUCUUUGAUAAUACCAGCCAUCAGUCUUCUGCUCCUAUGUAGAGCGCUGACAGUCACAAAAUACAGCAUGAGCUGGCUUCUCCUUGAGUCCUCAUGUCAUGCCAUCUAGUUAUUCAUUUUUUUAUCUGUUUAAUUACCAUAAUUUCUAUAACAACCUCUCAAUUUUUCUCAUCAAUUUUAGUUACUGCAAGUAUGCUAACCUCUGGAAGACAUAUCUUAGUAUCUGCAAAUCGGCUUGGGAAUGCUGAAGCCAAUAAUUCUGUAUCUACUAAAACAAUAUCUACUUACACAUGUUAGUAUGGGUGUACUGGAUCUUGGUAAUCUCUAAAUCAAAUUUAAUCUACUGGCACCAGAAGUCUGGUAGGAUUAUCUGAGUAUUGUGAAAUUGAACUCAGUGUGGGUAACACACACUGAUAAAACUGAAUGCAGAUGAAGUUGUUGACUACGCUGAUGAAGAAAUGCAAUGUUUCAUUGGAUGUUUUAAGUCUGUUGUGUAUUUUCAACUUCUCUUACCAAAUACUUUCCCUUCCUUUAUCCAUGUAUAGUUGUGGAGGUUUUUUCCCUAUAAAUUCAGCUCAUUAUUUUCAACGAAUUCAGGAUAUCUUCCCAAACUGUGGAUUUAACUAUCAGUGACAGUUAUACAACCAGAUUUACUUGCCUCUCAUCAUUCUACAGUGGGUGCUGGACUUUUUUGAGAAACACCUGAAGAAAGAUGGGUUAACUUGAAAUGAGGUACAAGUGGUGUCACACCAACACCUUUAAUUAGUUAACCUUUAACAUUGGUAUGUAAAAUAUCCAAGUUUGGAGGCAGAAGUCCCUCUUCACCAUUUAACUUUGUAGUGUACCCAUGUGAGUUCAGCCAGGUUGCAGCCACCAGCCUGUCGUGAGGAAGUGUACAAGCCUAUGCCAAUGGUAUAGAUUGGGGCAGUGUCACUUUCUGCUCUGGUAUGCUGCUAGGCUGGCAUGGGAACACCACAGGAUAAGCAGCUACUCUUUCUUACUGUAGUUGCACACGUGGAGAGAGGGGCAGUACUUUUUUACAGUUGAUUUCAUGGGUAAUUUUAGUACCGCUUUUGCCUGUGCUUAUCUGUGCUACCACAGUGGCAAGCACUUUUUUCAGUCCUCUCCAUAAAUAGGUAUAACAGGUGAACCAGUCCUUAAUAAAAGGCUAUGAAUGUAUUUAAGCUUCAGGUGAUUAACUUGUAGAUGUUUAAGAUCUUUAUUCUAGUAUUUCCUCACUUUUCCAAGCUUAAAUCACAUUUAUACAUAGUCCGAUGUUCUUACUAAUCUUUAAUUUCUUUUUAAAGGUCAUUUAGCUUGAGAUGACAUUUUUGUAUUUCACUAUGACACUUUAAUAAGAUUUUUGAGCAGCAAAAUUUAUGGUCAAUGAAGCCAUCAUGGUGAAUGCAAUCUUGUGCCUGGAACAGUAAGCCAGUAAAUAACUAUUGUCUGCCAACUUCCACUGAUGUAGUCAUCAUUGUGCAGUGUAUAUUGCCAGAUUAAGCCUAGGUGAGAUUUACAAAUCCACCAACUCCACAUUCAGGUUUGCAGGACAAUUUGCAAGACAGGUAGCUCCUCUGUCUUCUUACCCUGGCAAGUUACCAUUUUAAUAUUUUUUUUUAAUGGAGAUUUGGAUUAUUUCUCUACAUUGAAUAUUUUAAACAGUGUUCUUCCAUUCAUUAUAUGCUCCUUGCUCAUUAGGCAGCAAAAGGAUGGGUUUAUGCCUUUCAUAAAUUUCAGAGGGACUGUGUUUAUUGGAUGAUUUUUGGUACACCAUUUUAACUCAUUACUAGCUGAAAAUAACACAUC